GGAAGAGGGAGGGGAAUGGAUCUUUUCUGUGUGAGUCGCCGGAGCUCCCUCAGCCUGCUCCUUACCACCUGUCCUUGACUUACUGUGCACAGACGAGACUGAGAGGAAGCUGUGCUGCUGACUGAUCGGCCAGUACCUUUCUGUCUGUGUUUAUGUGAACAGCUGCAUUUUUUAAAAUCUUUCACUAGUGUGUGUGUGGCUGUUUCUUUCUACCUGUGGUGCUUCAGCGGAGUGGCGAAGAGAGAGGAACAUUUGUCCUCAGCCGGUGGAGCUCUGAUGGGAGGCAGUGCUGGCUCUGGCUGGGACUGGGGAUGCUGAACGGGGGGAGGGAGGGCCUGUUUGAGCUGGGACAGCAGCUCCAGCAGCAGGGGGAGUACCAGGCCGCCCUCCACUGCUUCCUCAGCUGCCUGUUGGGACUGACCCAUGUGCAGAGCUUCACCUCUCUGCCCAACUGCCUACACCAGAUUGCAGAGCUCUUCAUCACGGAAAAGAAUUAUGGGAAGGCCCUCCAGUUCAUCCAGGCUGAAAAAAUGUUCUAUGAGGUGGCACUGAUCGAGCUCACGGCUCUUCAGGGGAGCACAGGGCCUCAGGAGGAGGCUACACUGGGCUCUGCAGGAUGGACGACCCCAGAGGAGCUUUCGGAGCAGGCCUCCCAGGCUCAGCACCUCGAACGGCUGGCUCAGCUCUGCAUCAUGAGCAAACAGCCUCACCUUGCCCUAGAAUACAGCGGUAAGGCUACAAAGAUCCACCAGAGGGCCUUUGGUAACGAUCACCCAAUUACAGCCAGAAGCCUGGAGCUUAUGGCAACCGUCUAUGCUGAAAUUGGCAAGACUGAAUAUUCAGACUCCCUGGGUCAGUGUGUGUCUGCGCUGUCCAAACGCUUUGCUGCUGCAGAGUCCAUCAGAGACACCGUCAACUGUCUUCCUCAUUCCCACCGGGAGAAACACUCAGAGGUCCGCCACAGAAAGGACACCCACCACCAACAGGAGGACGCACAGAAACCUAAGGUAACCAAUGGCAAAAUCCCCACCUCCAUUCUAAAGAGGCCAAGCCCUAACUACGGGUCAGACACAGAACCCAACCACAGACGGAAAGGCGAGCGGAGGGUUCGAUUCAGGGAGCCAGAGACCACGGUACAUGACAUCCCUUACUGUGACUGUUUAGGGGCCUACGAGACGACGCCAUCCCGCCCCCACCUCGCCCUGUUCACUUGCCUCUUCCUGCUGAUGUCAUUCCUGGGUGUGGCCAUGUACUGCACGGACCGCCGGCGCCCGCAGCGGGUGUGCGAGGAGCUGGAGGCCGCUUUGGCUGUCUACCUGCUGCAUAUGAAACAACUUCUGUGGGGCUGCUGGAUAUGGCUGACCAUGCAAUGACUGAGACUGACCACAGGCGGAGACAUGGAGCCUCCUUUACUUUUUUCCAGACCCCUCUCUCCCUCUUUUUCCUCCUAUCUUUGAAGGUGCCCAGGCCUACAAACACCUCAGCCAUUUGGCAAGGCUCUGUACACUGUGGUGUUGAACCACUCUCACAGUGAAAAAGGGAAAAAUGUAUGAUCCCAGAAAUAUGUAGCUUCCAUGUCUGUAUGUAUAUAUGUAUCAAGGUGGUGGGCAUGCCACUCCUUAUUUAAGUUGUAAUGACAUUUUUGCCCAUCUGCAAUGUUGACGCUCACAUAUAACGCUCACUUAAUCACUACAACCAUGUGAUUUUUCAGUUCACGUCACAGUCUAUUGUAUGUGAGUGAAUGUCUCCAUGGGAAUGCAAAUAUUUAUUUUGUUACAGUACAUGAUUUGUGUAUAUCAGAUAUUACACAAAACUGAAUGUGUAUAUAUGGAUCAAUAUACUAAGGACUAUCACAAUAUUCAGCCUUGUAUUUGCACAUAAAUGAAUGUAGAGAUGUUUGGAAACAGCUUUGACUGGCACAGCGCACAUUCAGGAGGAGGAGGACGGAAGCACAAAUGUGUUAACUGUUCGCUAAUGAUCCGUGAGAAAGACAACACAGGGCUGCAUCACUUCACAGGUUGAAUGACUAACAGAUGAAAAACACCUCUUUCUUUACAGACUUUAUACUGUCUGUUCUUCUGUAUGACUGACUGUCAGCUGAUUCCACUGAGGAGAGAAUCUGCAGCACAAUAUUAGUAUCUAUCAUCGAAUAUACUCAAACAGAAUGAAUGCUAAUGCUUUUAAAAGUGUUCCUCUUUAUAACUGCUUGAAUCCCACAAAAUAUCCUUUAUCUAAAUGUUAUUUAUUCUUCUAUACUGUAUAUCUGCAUCAACGCAAAUAUCCAACUUUCAAUUAUUUUAAAUUUUUUAAAAUUUUUGUUACCUGUUACAUUUCUAUUUAAAAACAAUAAUAUUCAGGUUUUAAUGGUGAUGUCAAAUGCUCAUUAAGCUUUGGACAAGUGUAAGGAUGGGUGUGGGCUAAACAAAUAUUUACAUAAAAACAUCCUUAUAUCAAGUUCAUUACUGUUUUUGAGGCCAAACACAGAAAUAUGACAGAUACACUCUAUACUAUACUGUCUCUUAUUGUACGAGUCCCUUCAUCAAAUGAAGCAAUUAAAAUUCAGACAGCCAAACCACCACACAAAUGGAUUAUAGGGAUCAAAGGGCACAGUGAUGCACAUCCCACAGACCUUUCAUUAUGAGCAAUAACACACAUCACAUAGUUUCCGGUAAAACAUUGUUCUUUAUAUAACAGGUUUCAGGGAACUCAAAGGAAAAGUAUUGGAUUUUAGAGAUCUCACAUCUGAAUGUCAAAGCAAUAUGAGGCUAAUAACGCCUGUAUAGAAGAAAGAAAUACUCUCAACUCUGUACUGUCAAACUAAAUUGUCAUUAGCAAUAAAACAAUACCCAGUGAA